AUGCUGGAAUUAGUCAUUGACGGCAUUCGCGUUAGCCUUAUGAACCAGCAGCGGGUGGUAAUUCUUCGAGUAAAGGACACUGACAAGUACCUGCCAAUAUGGAUUGGGCCCAGCGAGGCGGACGCCAUCGCUCUCAAGCUCCAGAAUGUCACCGUACCGAGGCCGCUGACACACGACCUGCUGUUCGAUGUCAUAUCCUCGCUUGAUGCCACCGUGGACAGGAUUGUCGUCCACGACCUUUCCGACGACACCUUCUUCGCAAAGAUCGUGCUUCAGGUCAACGGCUCCACGAUGGAGGUGGACUCACGGCCCAGCGACGCGCUGGCGCUCGCCGUUCGCACGGAGUCGCCAAUCUACGCAGAGGACUCGGUCGUCGAGAAGGCCGCGAUACUGCUGGACCAGGAGACUGGCAAGGCGGUGCAGGAAGAGGAUGAAGAAGAUGCAGAGGCGCGCCCUGUCAGUGAAGAGGAGCGCGCCGGGCUAUCGGCGUUCGAGGACUUUAUCGGCUCGCUAGACUUGGAUCUGGGGCAGGGGCAGGGAGACGCACCGACUCAGAAUCGGUAA